UCAUGUCUCGCUCUGCAUGUUUGCUACAAUAGGCCUUUAUCAUCCAGUAAUUUGCAGUAUUAGUGCGGAGUUUUAGCUGUGGAUAUACGUUGUGCAUUGAUGAGAGGUGGCCAGGACUUUCACAUGCACGUAACUGUUUCGUAAAUUACAUCUCCAACUAAGUCCUUGUUAGGCCCGAUUGUGCGAGUCUCACACCAAAUGCGUAGGACUUGAGCUUUCUAUUUAUUUACAUCACAAGCCCGAUGCCUGAUUUACGUCGGUUUGACAGUGAAAAAUAUUUUUUAAAUCCUAACAAUGGAAAUGAGAAAGUGCCCUUCCCAAGUAUAGAUGACCCUCCGAGUGUCGAAUUGUCGGUUGUUGUACCUUCAUAUAAUGAAGAAGAAAGACUACCAAUUAUGCUAGAUGAGGCUCUUUUGUAUCUUGAAAAUCGCCAAAAAGAAGAUUCCUCUUUUACUUAUGAAAUUAUAGUAGUUGAUGAUGGUAGCAAAGAUAAAACAUCAGAGGUUGCAUUAGAAUAUUGUAAGAAAUGGAGCGUUGGCAAGAUACGAGUACUCACACUAGCUCAAAAUCGAGGCAAAGGCGGUGCAGUCAGGCUAGGUGUUUUCAGCUCUAGAGGGCGACAAAUUCUUUUUGCUGAUGCUGAUGGUGCUACUAAGUUUGCAGACUAUACAAAUGUUUAUAAAGCUUUGCAGGAUUUACUGAAGAAAGGAAAUGACAUGGCGAUAGUGUGUGGUUCCAGAGCUCAUCUACAGGCCGAAGCAGUUGCCGAGCGGUCAUUUUUUCGUACUAUCCUAAUGUAUGGCUUCCAUUUCCUUGUCUGGUUCCUGUGUGUGAGAGGGAUUCAAGAUACGCAGUGCGGCUUCAAGCUACUAAGCAGAAAAGCAGCCAGCCGCGUCUUCACUAGUCUUCAUGUGAACCGAUGGGCAUUUGAUGUAGAGCUUCUAUACAUAGCCCAGUGCCUCAACAUUCCAAUAGCCGAGGUGGCAGUCAACUGGCAAGAGAUAGAUGGAUCGAAAAUGGUCCCUGUCUUCAGUUGGAUACAGAUGGGCAAAGACAUUUUACUAAUACGUCUCCGUUAUUUGAUUGGUGCGUGGAAAAUAAACGACAAGAGCAAGCGGGAAUAACAUCAGCCGUCAAGACUGGCGUCACAUCUACAAGUGUGCCAAGUUGAAAAUUGAAAUAAUGCGCAAAUUUAGGCACUCCCCACAUGAUGAUAAAAAGAUGACUCGAGCAACGUACCAUCAUGAAUAAACACAUGCUUACAUUUUUUUCAUUAUUUAACCUAUUUUUUCUCGUUUAACUCUCUUCAAAUAAGAUUUUUUUUGAUAAUUGACCUAUGUACUUAUCAAAUAUACCCGAGUCCUCCGAGAUAAGAGACACACGGUAACAUAUUACAUAUGUGCCAGUUGAUGAUAAAUUGCAUCUUUUAUUGGACACAUUUCUAAACGUAAUCAUGAUUUAUUGAGCAGGUUGUCAUUUUUUUGAUUGGUUUACACUGUCAAUCAAUAAGAUGUAUUAUGUCUAUUUACUUAAUGUGAAGAUAAAAUGAAAGUUUGAUCAAAUUGUCUGUUCUGUGCAAUGCCCUUCAGGCAGUAAUAUAUAUAUUGCUAAUUUUGAGUGUUUAAAUUGCUUUUUUUUUUUAAUAAUUCAGCCUGAAGGCGUACAUAAAUUCUAUUGAUUUUGAAUAUUGUUUUGGAUCAGGCAAUUUUCAAAUUAUGAGUGCGAAAAUGUGAGGCGUGAUAAUGUAAGCUUGGAGUUGUUUUUAAUUGAUGAAAAAUAUAUUAAUUCUGAAAAUUUUUGGAAUCUGGUAUUGGAAAGCAUGUACUGAACUGUAUCUUGGCAUUUAAUAUGAUUUCUUCCCAGUGGCGUAUGUAGAGUUUACCCCUAAUAAGCUUGCACCACGCCACCAACCACCCCCCAAACCCCCCCCCCCCCCCCAAACCCCCACCCCCAGCCCACCACUCAGAAUGUUUGAAGCAACAAAAUUACUCUCAAUACUGUAGGUAAAAACGACCCCCUCCCCCAUUUCAAGACUCCAAGAUACAGCCGUAUUGCUUACCAAUGUCAUUGUUCUAAGAUUUUUUUCACAACUAAAAAACAGCUCCAGUCCCUGAGCCUCAUACAGAGUUUAUAAACCCUCUUCUAAGAAUGGUCAUUAAUUUUAGAAUAGUAUAGGAUUAUGAAAUAUAUUAUGUAGAAUAUAAUAUGCAUAUAUAUCAAACAUAAUUUUUUAUAUAUAUGAGUGAUACAUAUUUGUUUAUUUUCUAUGAAAAAGGUACAAAACAAGCAACCAAUGGCUGAAAUUAAUAACACAAUUUUAUUAUAUAAAAUUCUAAAGUCGUUUUAAGAAAUACAAUAAAUAUUGAUGCAAGAAAAAGAAUGUUUA